ACGAACCACAAUUUACCAUUGACAUACAAGCUGUCGAUAAUCACGGAAGGAAAGAAGAAUCGUUAACAAUCAAGAAAAACCAGCAUAUAGCACCUGGUUUGCUUUGCAGCAAAUUAAUUGCACAGAACAGACAAGCGGGUGAAAUCUGGAGUAAAGGAUACGCCGAGAGAUAAGUUGGUUGUAGCAGACAAGAUGGCUGGGCUAGCGCGGGUGGCAUCCAGAGCGAAUUCUGUUCGUCAUCCACCUAAAAUUAGCAUGGUUAGACGCGUCAGUGAGGCAUUUCUUGGACCAAGGGCACCCGGAUACCAGCGUCAGACAGACGACCUUGGCAGCCAGAAGUUAAGGGCUGCAGCGGGGACCAGUGCUGGUUACGGCUCAGUGACGUCACAGUUCAUAGAAGCACGUGAAGAUUCAGCCACUUAUUUGGAAUUCAUAAGUAGAACAGGAGAUAUUGUUUGUAAUUCAGUUGCAGUGACAGUUGUGUGUGGACUGUGCAUGGGCUUACCCCUGGCCAUGAUAUGUAUAGGCGUUCAAUACCUUCAAGAAUGUCCAAAACAACCUAAAAUCCCCAUAUACCUACUAGUUGGUGGCUGCUUCGGUGUUCUGAAACUAUUAGCUCUGAUAUGGAAACAACAUAAAGCCAGGCGCCUGGAGAGAAUGGACCAAAUGUACGAGGCCGAAGAUGACGAAAUGGAGGACCCAGUCAUGUCGCGGUCAUCUAAAUUUACAGAGGGCAUAUUGACCUUGUUCUUAUUCGUUUGGUUCAUACUGGGCAAUGUGUGGGUAUAUGGAAUAUGGAAACCACGGUUUGAACAAGUUAUAAUGGAACCUGGCAACUGGUGCGACGAGACUGUGUACAUGUUUGCAUUUGUGCAGAUUAUCAUUGUUUAUGCCAUGAUAUUUCUGGCAUGCGUCGUUCUCUUGGGUCUCUAUAUUUGUCAUCGGUGUGAUCGAAAAUGAUAAUCUAUAUAACUAUAUCUGUAAUUUAGCAAUACCCAAUUAUUAAACCACAGCCUUCUUUUUCUGGAGCACGUGAUCAAUGUUAAGGGCAUCUUAGAGAACAUUCCCACAGAUAUUUAGAUCGCUUUAUCUCCCUCGGGACUCAUGCUAGAUUGCUGUCAGCUU